GCACAUUACAGUGUGCGAUAGAGACAGGUAAGAUGGCGGCGCAGGAGACUCAAGCAACACAGCAGUCCUCCGUAAGCAACGGAGAGGUGAGCAGUAAUGGGGCAGCUGCCUCUGGUCAGGUAGCUCAGACAGGUGCAACUGCACAGGACCCCCAACAACAGCAACAACAACAGCCCAGUGCCUGGCAGGUGAUUAAAGGUGUCCUCUUUAGGAUUUUUAUCAUCUGGGCUAUUAGCAGCUGGUUUCGCAGAGGUCCAUCAACCCCAGAUCCCAACACUCCUGCUGGAGCUCCGCGAGUGCCCAGCCGAAACCUCUUCCCUAAGGACACUCUUAUGGAUUUAUAUGUGUAUAUCUCAGAGAGCGAGAUAUUUACAGAUUUUAACAAUACAGAAGAACUGUUCUGGUACCAGCAAGAUCUGGUUUAUGGAGAGUGGACCACAGGGGACUCGGGAGAUGGCUGCUAUGAAUAUUACAAAGAGCUGGACCUCUCUGAGAGUGUGAAGCAGAAUGGCUCAAUAUACAUGCACAUUUACUUCACCAAGAGUGGCUUCCACCCAGACCCCAAACGCAAGGGCCAGUACCGCAGACUAUCCACAGUCCAUGCCACUCGAAUGCUCAAUAAGUACAAGAGGAGGAAGUUCCUCAAGACCAAAAACCUAUUGACAGGAGAAACUGAAGCUGAUCCAGAAAUGAUCAAGAGAGCUGAGAGUCAUGGCCCUGUUGAGAUCAUUUCCCAUUGGCAUCCCAAUCUCACUAUUAACAUGGUAGAUGAUCACACGGCUUGGGUGAAAGGCUCUGUGCCCCCUCCCCUUGACCAGCAUGUGAAGUUUGAUGCAGUGAGUGGAGACUACUAUCCCAUUGUUUACUUCAACGACUACUGGAACCUGCAGAAGGACUAUUACCCCAUAAAUGACACCCUGCUAAACCUGCCCCUUCGUCUCACAUACUGCCCCCUGUCCUUGUGGCGCUGGCAGUUGUAUGCGGCCCAGAGUGCCCGCUCUCCCUGGAACUUCCUGGGCGAGGACACUUAUGAGCAGUCAGACGAGGACCAAGAUUCUGUUAAGGUGGCUCUGCUUGAAACCAACCCCUACCUCCUAGGCCUGACCAUUGUAGUUUCCAUCGUCCACAGCAUUUUUGAGUUCCUGGCCUUUAAGAAUGAUAUCCAGUUCUGGAACAGCCGUCAGUCUCUGGAGGGACUCUCCGUACGCUCCAUCAUAUUCGGAGUGUUCCAGUCUCUUGUAGUGCUGCUUUAUAUCCUGGACAACGAGACCAACUUUGUGGUCCAGGUCAGCGUAUUCAUUGGCCUGCUCAUCGACUUCUGGAAGAUCACCAAAGUCAUGGACGUCAGGCUGGACAGAGAGAACAGGAUUGCUGGAAUUGUCCCAAGAUUAGUAUUCAAAGACAAGUCCACAUAUGUGGAGUCUUCAACCAAAAUCUAUGAUGAUAUGGCCUUUAAGUACCUGUCCUGGCUGUUGUACCCUCUGUUUGGAUGCUAUGCAGUGUAUAGCUUAUUAUAUGUGGAACACAAGGGCUGGUACUCGUGGGUGCUCAGUAUGCUUUAUGGGUUCUUGUUAACCUUUGGUUUCAUCACCAUGACGCCGCAGCUCUUCAUCAACUACAAGAUGAAGUCAGUAGCCCAUCUUCCCUGGAGGAUGCUCACCUACAAGGCUCUGAAUACCUUUAUAGAUGACUUGUUUGCCUUCGUCAUCAAGAUGCCAAUGAUGUACAGAAUAGGUUGUCUCAGAGAUGAUGUGGUCUUCUUCAUCUAUCUGUACCAGCGUUGGAUUUACAGAGUGGAUCCCAACCGUGUGAAUGAGUUCGGGACCAGCGGUGUGGACCACAGCAAGGACAGCUCAGCCCAGCCGGCAGCUGGCGAAACACCUGCUGCCAUCACAGAAAAACCUGAGGGGGAGAAGAAGAAUGAUUAACCCCCUUUUAACCCCCCCUCCUCUCCCUUGUCCUCUGGUCUUGUUGAAGGUGCAUGAUGCAUCUUCGAGGCUGAGUUUGUUUAAUUGUCAGGGAAGGGAACUGGAUUAAUGGUAUUACGUAAAAGACUGCAGGAAAAAAAAAAGUUCAGUUCAACGAUCCUCCGUUGUGUGGGAUCCACAUGAAAAAAAUAUAUUUAAUGUAGAAUUCCUAAAAUCAUUCUUCUUUUUUUCCAAUCUCCCAUAUUUUUGCAGUCCAAGUGAAGUAAAAUGUGAUGUACUGUAUUGUAUAUUUUUGGGUUGGAAACACUAAUAACAUGAAGGGUUAGGUGGUCCGAGAUUAAAUCCCAUCGGCUGGAGUGAAUAGGGCGAUUGCAGUACAUAUCAUUUUGUUUUUUGAAGUACAAGAUUAAGGAAAAGAGGACAAACAAAACCUCACUGUUCUCCUGAUUCAGUGUACUUAUUUUCUGUUCAUUCCAUGUGUGAAGGGGUACCAGGACGCAGCAGCGUAGAGUAGGACGGAGCUGACCAAACAAACAGUCAAUUCCGUGCGAGACGAGAGACUUUCCACGUUUUUAAAACAAGAUUUGAUGUUGCAGACUUGAACAUAAAAAUAAAGAAAUAACAGCCUUGUAGGUAUUAAUAUAUAAUUAUAUAUUAAUAUUAUUAAUAACUAUGGUCAUGAUUUCUUUUCUUUUUUUCAAAGCCUCUGACUUUUAUUUUGUAUGUCCUAAAACUGUACAGCCUAACAGCUUGUAAAAUGUAAUCCUGCUGACGUUAAUCUGUCUAGCAAUAGCUGAAUUGCCAGUCCUCUCACUGAGAACUAGUUUCAUUAUAUUCACACUCCACUGCUGGACCACAGUGUGUCUCCGUGUGUCCGGUUCGGCUGGACUCAUGGCACAGUCCAAGAACUUGCGUGGGACGAAAUGUCUGGUUUGUCCUAUUUUGGUGCCGUAAUUCUGAGUUGAUUGGGCUUUUAUUUUGGUACGUUCCAAAAUUUGAUCACUCAUGUUUAUAGUAAAGCUUAAGUACAGUUUAAA